GGGGUGAGGGCGCGCGACGGAGCAGUUUGAAAGGGGGCAGUGCUGGGCGCGCGCUGCCGCCUCCUUCUUUUUCUCCUCCUUGCAGGGCGGGGGACCGUGGCCCCGGGUCGCGCGCAGAGACGCGCACGUGACCCCCCCCGUUCUCCCCCGCCCGCGAGGGUGCCUUGCUUCCUCCUCUUCCCGGCGCCACCAGUGCCUCAGCGUCGUGCGCGGAGCCGAGCCCGCCGGUCGGAGCGAGAGGGCCACACCCCCCUUGCCGGAGCCGGGCAGCCGAUGGCGUUCUCUCCCGUGACCGUGGGCUCGGAGGUGUCGCCGGAGCCAGGCGGUAGCGGGAGCCCGGGCGAAGAGGCGGAUGGAGAGCGGGAGCUGCUGCCGCGGCCGGGCGAGAGGCUGGUGCCCGGGAACCGCCUGAAGGAAGUGGUGGGCGCGUCCUUGGCGUCGCUGUGCCUCGGCCCCCUCGCCGGACCUCAGCGCCUCGGGACCCUCGUGGACUGCCUGGUGCUGAACUACCGCCUGCGGCAGCGGCUGGGCUGGAGCCGGGACCGCGGGGCCGCGGCGGAGGGCGGGGGCGCGGCCGACGGACCGCUGCGCUGCUGCGGCUGCGGCAGGUUCCUGAGCGAGCCGGUCACUGUCCCGUGCGGGCACACCUACUGCCGCCGCUGUCUCCGGAGGGAGCUGCGAGCCCGCUGCCGCCGCUGCCGGGACUGGCUGUUGCCGGCGGGGGGCACCAGCACGGCCGCUGCCCCGCUGCGGACCAGCGUCGUCCUUAACCAGCUGGCGGAGAAGUGGUUCCCGGGCGAGUGCGAGAGGGCGAGGACGGGGAGCCGUCUGGAGGAGCUGCUGGCCCAGGGCUGCUUCCGAGAGGCUCUGGGCGCCGCCAGCCAGGCUCUGCGAACAGAUUCCAGUGACUUGAUGCUAAGAAUUUACAGAGCUGAGUCAUAUGUUGGCCUCCAAGAAUAUAAAACAGCCAUAGAAGAUCUAAAUUUUGUUAUUUCUAAAAUGCCAAAUUGGCCAGAGGUCUACUUCCAGAAAGGAAAAGUGCUGCAAGACUCUGGCUUUGUAGGUGAUGCCUUACAACUGUUUCUACAGUGCUUAGCCCUUGAUGAGGACUUUCUUCCAGCCAAGCUAGAAGUAGAAAGGACAUUGUGUGAUGUGCUGUCACCAGAGAAGUUAGGAGAGAGUCUGAAGGAAUCUGCUUGGAAUUCACCACAUAUUCGAAAUAAACCUUUUAUACUUGGUUCUGAGGUGGCUGAAUCUUACUGCAACUUACAGCUUUGUCCUGAGCAGAGUUUAGGAGGAUCAGAGGUACUGGAACCUGUCAGUGGAAGCUUAAAUCGUGCACAAUCUGCCCAUGCUCUUAACUCAUCAAAAGACCUUGCCAAGGAAGAUGGCUUAAAGAGAGUGUCUUCUGAACCCCUUCUCUCUGGCCAAGUAAAAGGUGCUUUGUUGAAAAGAAAGCUCUCCUUUUCAGAACAGGAUAUGGUUGUAUGUGAAGAUGGAAGAAACAAACACAAAAAGCAAGGAGAAAGUACAAAAAGGGACAUGACACUGGCUUUUGGAACAAUUCCAGGGGAUUUGAUUGAUGUAUCAGAUUUUGAGUGCUCUCUAUGUAUGAGGCUAUUCUUUGAGCCAGUGACAACCCCUUGUGGACAUACUUUUUGCAAAGGUUGCUUGGAACGGUGUUUAGACCAUGCUCCUCAGUGUCCACUCUGUAAGGAGAGUUUGAAAGAGUACCUUGCAAGCAGAAAAUACAGCAUCACAGAACUGCUAGAGGAAUUAAUAAUGAAAUAUUUGGCUGAUGAAUUACAUGAGAGAAAAAGAAUUCAUGCUGAAGAAACAGCUGAACACUCAAACUUGACCAAGAAUGUUCCAAUGUUUGUUUGCACUAUGGCAUAUCCUACUGUGCCUUGCCCUCUACAUGUGUUUGAGCCAAGAUACAGACUAAUGAUUCGCAGAAGUAUGGAAACUGGGACUAAACAGUUUGGGAUGUGUAUAAGUGAUUCUCAAAAUGGCUUUGCAGAUUAUGGAUGCAUGCUGCAAAUUAGGAACGUUCAUUUUCUACCUGAUGGACGGUCUGUUGUUGAUACAGUUGGUGGAAAGAGAUUUAGAGUUUUACAGAGAGGGAUGAAAGAUGGUUAUUGCACUGCAGACAUUGAAUAUUUGGAAGAUGUUAAGGUUGCUGAUGAAGAGCAACUAAAGAAACUGAGAGAACUUCACAAUUUUGUUUACAAUCAGGCCUGCAGUUGGUUCCAAAAUUUAAGAAACAAAUUUCGCACUCAAAUUCUUCAGCACUUUGGGCCAAUGCCUGACAGGGAGGAAAAUAUACAGGCAAUGCCCAAUGGUCCUGCUUGGUGUUGGUGGCUUCUGGCUGUUCUCCCAGUAGACCCCAGAUACCAGCUGUCAGUUCUCUCCAUGAUGUCUUUAAAAGACCGUCUGAUAAAAAUCCAACAUAUACUCACAUAUUUUUCUAGAGACCAGUCCAAGUGACUAACUGCCUGGGUCUUCCUGAAAAGAUACUCCGUUCUGGUUGUAGUAGCAGCUGGAAUUUUUGCUGCCUUUGCACAUCUAGCGCUGGUUUGAGAAGUGUAAUGGAACUGCUUUUUCUCUCUCCUCCCCACCCUCCCGACUUCCUGAACCACGUGGUUCUUUGAAUGCACACUUUCCUCAACUAUGAGAGAAGACCACUGAUGAUUGCACAAAGUCAACCCAGCUAGAUAUGUUUUUCACGUUACCUACAUUACUAUUUGCACUAUGUAGAAGAGAACCUUUUUGAGACUUGAUCAUUUUAGCCACUGACUCUUUAAAGCUGUGGGAAUUGGAUGACUUAAGGCUGACAGUCCAAGUUUACAACAUUGAGGAGGUAUUAAAGGUUUUGCAAAUGUUUGCCUCAUACAACUGUUCUUUUGCUGUUUGCACAAAUAUUUGAAAUAUAGUAUUGAAUGUCACUGUUGGAUAUUACUACUCUUGUUGAAUUAUCUUGACCAUGAAUAUGGCAGAGAUUUUUAAGUUAUCUUGUAAAUGUAUGCAUCACAAAACAGGUGACAUUAUGAACUGUAUGCUGAACUGAGAGCCAAUUUUAAGGAACAAAUGCAAAAAAAGGUACUUCUGUCUAAAAAUACUUAAACUGUGAAUAUGGUUUACAUACCUAGGCCUGUACGUGUUAGAGGAAGCUGAAAACUAAAUGCUAGUACUGGGCUUUUCAGGCUGGCUGUUCUUCCAGAGCACGCACCUAAUUUAUAUAGCUUAGAAGAAGAAAUCUUAGAGUGUGCGUGUGUGUAUUGGGGAUUGUGCAUCCAGGAUUUAAAAGCUUAAAGUUUUAUUUGAACUUCUUCAGUUGGUGCAAAUGUGAGUUCUAUGCCUUAUUCAUAUCGAUAGUAGAGCACACUGCAGUGGCAAGGUUAGCAUCAUGCUGCCAAUAGGUACUUUUUGUAAUUAAAGAUUUGCAUAUUUGUGAAUAUGUCUGAUACUGGCUUUCUUGUAUGUAAAUCAUUUGUAAAAUAUUUCUUAAAUUUUGCUUUUGCUAAUAUAUUUAAUUUUCAAUAAAAGCUAAAAGUUUGUAUAUUUUUAACUUUAUCAAAACCUACAAAUCACUUUCAUUUUCCAUGUGCUUCUAUUCUGGGAUCUUAAGUAAAUCCAGAAGCAGCUGUUUAACCUACAUCAAGGUUGUGGGCACUUCAUGAUGUAAUUGGUAUGUACCUAACCUGUUUCUGAUUAUAGUACCUGUCUCUGAUUAUUGGUCAGACAAGUGUUUUGCUGGUGUCCUGCUUUUGUAUGUACUUUGUUUAAAUUAAGGUGGUUUCAGGUAUGAAGUUUGCAUUUCACAAAACUUAAAUGUUGUGGGAAACUGUUCUAGCAGAACAGUCAGGUAUUUCAGACUUGCUAAUCAGAUGCUCUGGCUGCCUUCUCUUCUGGAGUUUAAGGCUUGAGAUAUUACAGGAACCCAAAAUCUGCUGGAUCAUUUUUAAUGUGGGCUUCUACCUAGGAUAAAUUUCCCCUUUCUUGUAUGAAUAAAGUCCUGAAUUAA